AUGCCUGGUUUAGCUGACGAUUUGAAAAUUAGAAAAGAGCAAUUUGUCACCGGUCUCACUGGUGGUACAGUCCAUGAUGUUUACCUUGUUACAUCUAUCUCUUUGAUCACUUAUUUUUCAUACUGUCUUCUAAACACUUUUACUCAAAUUUUCACUUCCAAGGAUAAAAAAUCUAACUUGAAUGUGUUCACUGUGGUACUUGAUUAUUUACUUAACUGGUUAGCACUACUACUAUCUAUCACCACAUAUUCAGAUAAUAUCAUUCUGCUAAUUUAUGGUAUUUUGAUUCCAGUUGUUACGUUAACGUUGACAAAUAAGUCAAGUCCAUCAUCGUCAUCAUCUAGCUCCAAAAACCACACGAAAAGGGAUGGCAGGCCAAAUAUUUCCACCAUUGACAAGAAAAAAUUCCUUCCAAAAAUAUCUUACCUCACUGUUUAUAGAUCUCAAAUGCUUGUGAUUACCUCAAUCGCUAUCUUGGCUGUGGACUUCCAGAUUUUUCCAAGAAGAUUUGCCAAGUGUGAAACUUGGGGUACCUCAUUGAUGGAUCUCGGGGUUGGCUCUUUUGUGUUUUCCAUGGGAAUUGUAUCUGCUCGUCUGUCAAUUUGGUCAAAAUUCAAUCAAAAGAAGAACUUGUCAUUUACCUAUGAGUUGACGGGGUUAGUCAAAAAGAUUCUUUUUAGUUUCAAGGACUCGUUCACUGUAUUUUGUUUAGGGAUUGGAAGAUUGUUCCUUGUUAAACUUUUGAGUUACCAAGAACAUGUGUCCGAAUACGGUGUCCAUUGGAAUUUCUUUGUCACUUUAAGUUUGUUACAACCUUGCAAAUACAUCCUUGAAUUUGUGUUCUCCAUGUUACGUUUGAAUAAUUUCAAUGUUUUAAUUGGAUUGGCAAUUUCUUUGGCGUACGAGUACCUUUUGAAGAAGGAUGACAAUAGCUAUUUACAAUAUUUACUCGAUGAAGAAAGAGUUACAAUAUUCGAUCAGAAUAAAGAAGGCAUUAGCUCAAUGAUAGGCUAUAUUUCUAUCUUUUUAGUCGGGGAAUCCAUCGGCGGUUUCUUACUACCAAGUAUCGUCACCCCAUUUAACUUGAUCAAAAAUUCCACUCAGUCAGAAAUUGAAGAUUUCUACUCGACAAAGAAUAAGCAUAGCAAGUUGUAUCUAUGGAUAAGAUCUCAGUUGAGUCGUUCUUCAGAUGGCUGUUUAAUUAUUUACACAGUGUUUUUCGACAUAUUGGCCUUAUACUGCCAGUCAACAUCGGUUUUCACCCAAGUUUCUAGAAGAUUUGCCAAUUUCCAAUAUGUGAUUUUCGUCAUUGCUUAUAAUUUGAAUUUCCUUGUGGGUUUCAAGUUAAUUAACAAGCUCUUUGCGUAUUUUAAUUCUGAGAAGAAAGACGCAAACCAAAAUAGUUACAAUCAUGUUCCAUAUUCACUAGAGGCGAUUAAUAAUAAUGGAUUGUUAUUCUUUUUGAUUUCGAAUGUUCUGACAGGAUUGGUGAAUAUGAAUAUCAACACUUUGGAUGCUUCGUCUUUGGUUGGGAUCACCACUAUGAUCGGCUAUACCCUUGCCAUCAAUGCAGUAGCAGAAAUUUUCCAUUACUUUAAAAUUUACAUCAAACUUUGA